AUGAAGUGCUCGGGCGCCCGGAUCCUGCUGAUUGCUGGGGUCUUUUGGCUAUCGUACACUGUGUGGAUCAAACUGAGGCAGCCUCCGCAGGGCAACCCUGACCCCAGCCGUGGCUCGGUCGAGCUGAGUGACGGCACCUUCACCUUCCGCUUGGAUUACGCCGCCUUCCGGGCCGAGUUCCCCCAGCUGCAGAGCUACCGGUGCCGGGAGCUGAUCCCAGGGGACGGGGUUUGCUCCGGGCCCCCAGGGCCGCCCCUGCUGCUCCUGGCCGUGAAAUCCCACCCAGCGUCCAGCGCCAGAUGGGCCACCGCCCGCCGCACGUGGGCCCGGCCCAGGGUCCUGGGGGGCUACCGGGUCCGACCCGUCUUCCUCGUGGGGGUGUCCCCCGACCCCCGGCACCUGGCCCUGCUGGGCCAGGAGAGCGGGGAGUUUGGGGACGUGGUGCUGUGGGAUUUCGCCGAGAGCCACCACAACCUGUCGCUCAAGGAGCGCUGCUUCCUGCGCUGGGUGGGGGCGCGCUGUGAGCAGGCGGAUUUCAUCUUCAAAGGGGACGAUGACGAGUUUGUGAACCCCCCCGCAAUGGUGGCCUACCUGAGCCAGACGCCCAACGCCUCCCACGUCAUCCACGGCAACAUCCAGCGCCAUGCAGCCGUGAUGAGAGGGGGGAAAUAUCGUGUCUCCCCCGCCCUGUUCCCCCAGGACAAAUACCCCUUCUUCCCCUCCGGGGGCGGGUUCCUCAUGCCCAGGGCCAGUGUCCCGGCCCUGGCCGCGGCCUCCGUGCGCAUCCCCAUCUUCCCGCUGGACGACGUCUACUUCGGCUUCCUGGUGCUGGCCGCCGGGCUGCGGUACCGGCACGACGACCAAUUCCGGGUGUACGGCGUGCAGGAUGAGCAGUGUCUGUACGCGGAGGCCAUGUUGGUGCACGGGGUGUCGCUGGACAGGGUGGAGGAGGUGUAGAGGGGGUUGUAGGAGGAGCAACAGUGCAAUGGGAAGAGGCCCCUCCCCUCUUAGAGGCGCAGGGAAUGGGGCAGGGACUUGUCC